ACGAAUUUCCCCCGCUCGGACUCCGCAGGGCCGCCAAGGGAGUGUACUCCGCAUGGCCUUGUUGAUGACAAACCUAACACGAACGUCCAUACCUCGGAGGGAUCCAAUUUGCACAGAUUUCUACAACAAUACCACUAAUCAUGUCCCUACGACGCUCUGCGCGACUGGGCGCCCUCCCAGUAAAGCCUCUUCUUCCAAACGUCCCCCGAGUUCAACACAGCGGAGUCGCAAAACCACGCAAGACCUCCAAGCCCAAGAAGACAUCUACCACUCAAACCCCAACCGACUCGACAUCAUCCUACUGGUCCCCCGAACCCCCAGCCGUGACAGACUCGACCGACGAUCCAGAAAAGCAGCGCCCUCCUCGUACUAACAACAGACUUUCCACACCUCCCCCGCUCAACCGACCCGUCGAUCCGCACCGAACAAACGCAACCCUCCUCACACCCCACGGCUCCUCUGUAAACGCAUACCCGAUCAACCUCGAAGAUGCCUCACCCUCAAAAACGGGUCUGCCCCGACCCACAGCUACUACGGGGACACUCCUCGAGCAAGGAAUCGCGCACUUACUCGCAACGGAUCCCCGUCUGAAGACUGUUAUCGAACAACAUCCCUGUCCGUUAUUCUCGCCCACCGGGUUGGCAGAACAAAUCGACCCGUUCAAUAGCUUGGUGAGCAGUAUUAUCGGACAACAAGUGUCUGGCGCCGCGGCAAAGUCUAUUCGGAAGAAGUUCGUGGCCUUGUUCGAGCUCCCGGGUGAAGCUGAUGCUGGCGCGGUGCCGCAUUCGAGGUUCCCGACUCCGCAGGAGGUUGCGCGGUGUGAUAUACCGAUGUUACGGACGGCGGGUCUGUCGCAGCGGAAGGCCGAGUAUAUUCAGGGGCUGGCGGAGAAGUUUGCGAGUGGGGAGUUGAGUGCGCAGAUUUUGGCGACGGCUAGUGAUGAGGAGUUGGUGGAGAGGCUUACGGCCGUGCGUGGGUUGGGGAGGUGGUCUGUUGAGAUGUUCGCUUGUUUUGCACUCAAGCGGAUUGAUGUCUUUUCGACGGGGGAUUUGGGUGUACAGCGAGGGUGUGCUGCUUUUGUUGGGCGUGAUGUAAGUAAGUUGAAGGGUAAAGGGGGUGGUAAGUUCAAGUAUAUGUCGGAGAAGGACAUGCUAGAAUUGGCUGCGAAGUUUGCGCCGUAUAGGAGUCUUUUCAUGUGGUACAUGUGGCGAAUUGAGAAUGUUGAUGUAGCCGUUCUCACUGGAUGAACAGUUAAUCAAAUACUUUUACCUUUUCGUCCUAUAAGAGAUGACAAUGACUGGGUUGGAGGCAGUGAUAAGGAUGGAUAUAAUGUAUUGUAACCAUAAGAAACAGUAAUUGCCACAUGGGUAAAACCGUCAAGGCACAUUUGGUCGAGAACAUACAGAGCUCAUAUCCGUCGGCCGUGGGGAAUAUGCUGCAUGCUAGGCAUACCAACUCGAUGGUAACGAAGCGAUUGGGCCAUUACAAGACCCGGGGACUCCGUAGCGCAAACAGUUACAAUGGUCAAGCCAUACUUGAAUACACAAGAUCCCAUAUAAAACGGUUGAACAAAGAAGAAUCGAUUUGUACAGUAUCAGUACACACGCAUUGGAUUAACUAGACACCCCAAUCAACGGCGGGUGCGUAUCCAUCGCCAAAUAAAACCCGACGUCUAUUUCAUGCAGACAGCCCUUUCGCCCUGUAAAUCUUAUAGUUUUGCGUAGUCAAUUGCAGGUCUCUGCCCGGAAGCAUUUACUUGCGGACAACGAGGUUGUCAAGGUCUGCACGCUCCUUGGCCUCCUUCUCGAUCUCGCGGAUGAUGGGGCUGAGGUACUCGACGUCCUAGAAAGUCCAUAUAAUCAGUAUCAUGUUGAUUGGAGUGUGUUUGGGCAUGUUCGACGUCAAGGGUCCAAAGUGACAAAUCCUCGCAACGGGAUUGGCCGAGACCGAUAGAUUACGGGGAGGGCGAAUUUGGGAGAGGGAGAACUCACUUCCUCGGGCUUGGUCUGCUCGUGAGGGGGGAGGAGAGUGUGAGAGAUGGAGCACUGCAAUUGAGACGAGUAUUAGCGUUUUAAAAGCCGGAGACUGAGAAGGCAGAGGGGGUCGGGUCGGUUCGAACCUGGACAGCACGGCGGAGACGGAAGACGCGGUCGUAGGCCUCCUUGGAAGACAGACGCUUGAUGGCCUUCUGGACGGUCUCGCUCUCCUCGGGGAUCAGGUCAUCGAACCUAUAGCGAUCGAGUUAGUGACUGUGAUCGGAGGCAGAUGAAGCGUAGGAGAAAUCCGGUGUGACCGCGGGCGGGCGAAUGCGACAAGGGCCACCAACAGCAAUGGUUGGAGGAGCCAAUGCCUUGGAAUCGCACACGACGCAAAGCACACUGGUAGUUGUUGAUUGCUCGCGGUGGGCAGGAAUUGGCGGCAUAGAGGGGAGGGCGAUAAUUACUUCAGUCCGAGGCGUCUGUAGCCGGCGGCAUCGGUGUACCACUGGGCGAUGGGGGUCAUCCAGCGCUUGAGCCAUGGGCGCUUGACGAUGUAGUUGGUGAUCGAGGGGGCAGACAUUUUGGAUUCCCGGGUUGUCCGAUUGACAGGAGGAGGUUCUGGUCGGGGGGAAGGAAAGGGC